ACAUAUAACUUACAUCUGCAGGUGAUUUGCAUUAGUGGCAGUCAUAUGUUGCACCCGCCAGAAGGGUGUAAUGCCUGUAUCCGCCUAGAUGCCGAGCCGUUGGCAACCCAACUGCAUGUAGGCUGGCACCUAUCACGAUAGGGCAGCGGAAGCGUCAUAUGAGUUAAACCAAUGUCAGACGACGAUGCGAUCCAAUUCUGCUGCAUAUGGAUUGGUGUGGGAUGUUCCAACGUGUCGUAGACGGACAGGUUAACAUACGCGGGGCUGUUCCCGUAUGACGGGUCGUCGAUAAAAUACCUAACGAUCGCCCUCCUUGGGACCCAGUUCCAAAGUAAUGCUUCUCCAGGACUGGAUCGUGAUUCUUGGAUCCGAUUCGUGAUACCAAAGUCUGGGCUAUCUUUAUACUUCCGAGAUGUCCGCGAACUCUACAACAUUGGUAGUUACCGCGGGCCUAGAGUAUUCGAGUGUCGUAAGGAGACAGGUCACGUUGACGCAGACUAUAAUAUACCCGGAUGCGACAUCUACCGCCGUCGUAACUCUCGACCGAGGUGCCACACCGACGAACACUCCGGCUCCGAGUUGGAACGCGGGCGCUGCUUCAUCUGACGGUCUCAGUCAACAACAGAUUGGUAUCAUCAUAGGGUGUUGCAUCGGGGCCGCCGUUCUCGGGAUAGUCUUAUGGUGCUGCUGCACAAACAGAUGUGGUUGUAGGCCUUACAGUGUCUAUAACAACGGCGAGAACGAUAUAAUAUACUUUUCGGAUGAUAUGGAAGAGGUUACUAUUGCCGAGCCGCAAAGAAGUUACUGGCCAGGAUUCCCUCGAUCGAUAUCCCCACCGGCUACCCCUACCUAUAUCGCAACGGAUACGGGUCCUCAGUGGACGGCGUAUGAGGCGUCGAGAAGAUAUCGCCCAAGCUAUUACGAGGGCUAAAUAUCAUCGUUAAUAUUCAACUGGUUGCCUAUCAUAGUGUUUCCACCCAAAGUAAAGGACCUAUUUACGGCCUCUGGUCUGCUUUACUGGUGGACUAUCACGCCACGGAUUUCUUUGGUACAGCUUCCAGGCGAACCCGGUUAAGUGCGCAUGCUAUGGAUUUUAAAUAAUUUGAACUUGAUUUCUUGGUGGAGGAUGAUACCCUUUUCAAAACUUGUUGAUGUUAUUGUAAACAUUUAUUACUGUCGGAAAAGCCAGUGUAUGAGCUUGGAUACAACCGCAUAUAUAGGGGCUACGACUACAAACUUUUCCUAGACAAAUAUAUACCCGCAUUCCUAAAUUUAUUGUAUGCCUACUUCUUCAAAAGCACGUUAGGGGUUUGUUCAGACACGCCAUUUCAUUCGUAUUAAUAGCAGGGAUGUGUCAGGAUUUAUACCCGUCGAUUGAUGUCAUACACAGAGUGAGUGUCUAGGAUAGGUAGACCAAGUAAAUAGUAGUAUUGAUCUUGUAACGCCUGGCCUUCUAUC